AUGAAGAAUCAUAACGGUUAUUACUUGUUAACAACAAAUGGUCCAGAGAGUUUCCACAGAACUUUUAACGCUCAAUUCUAUAACUCACAUCCACCAGGCACUAAUAUACUCUUUGUGCUUGAGGCAUUGAAAGAAAUGCAGGCUGAAACCAAUAUAAAAAUAUCCACUAUACGAAAAAAUAUAUCCAAAGCUAUUCCAUCUAAAGAUAUGCAAAAAAUUAACCAUAUGAGAUCUACCGUUCGAUUGUUUAUAUAUCAAAAUCUACUUGUAACGUCUGCCGAAAAUAUCUCUAUAGGUUUUGGCACGAACUACGAAGACCUGUUGCCCUUAGUGUAUUUUGUGCACGACCGUGGCAUUUGUCAGCUGAACACGGAYGAGUAUAAGACAACCUUAAUGCUGAAGAGGAAACUAAAAACAACGAUUAACGAAUUAACAGUUUGUGAAUACCGGAAGACCAAUCAUCCGUGUGACAUAACAGCGGACGAAAUCAAUAUCGUUAUGGUUAACUCAUCAGACGCGGUAGAGUUAAAAUACUAUUGGAAAGCUUGGCAUAAUCACACCAGCUAUGAUGUGAAAAAUAUCUACAUGAAUUAUAUUGAAAUGUUGAACUAUAUGGCCCAACUAAACAAUUUUUCAAACGAAGUCGAUUACUAUAUGGAACCAUACUCAUACAACCAAGGCCAAUUGAACGMCAAUCAGAUGUAUGAAGGCAUAAGACCGCUGUACUUGCAUCUUUUCACACACGUUCGUAAAAUUCUCAGAGAAAAAUUUGGAACAGCUACCGUGUCCGCCAAUGGUCCCAUUCCCGUUCAUUUAUUGGGUUCAGUAUUGGGUCAACCAUGGACGAAGUUGAUACCUUUCAUGGUUCAGGAAUUCGUCGUACACGAUAAUGGCAAAAAAGCUAUGACUGCAAGGCGACUGUUUGACCAAGCUAAUAGGUUCUUUAAAUCGAUAGGCAUGGGAUGUGUGCCGAAAAGUGUUUGGUCCCAUUCAGUAUUGAUAGAUAAUAAACAUUUUGCUAAUCACGAACCAUCGUCUUGGGAUAUGUACGCCGAUAACGAUUUCAGGAUAAAAAUGGAUUUCAAGGACACAAUCGAAGACGUGUACACAAUGCACAAGCAACUGGGUUUAGUUCACUAUUUUGCAGCUUACAAAAAACRGCCAUUUGCGUAUCAGCAUACAUCCGACCCAGCGUUCGUGUACGGCGUGAUCAACGCACUGACGUUGUCCGUGCGAUAUCAAGACUUCAUCGACAGGUACAACGACAGCGCGAGCAGUCGGAACAUAUAUCUGUUGCGGUUGGCCAUGGAAAAGGUCGCCGUCCUGCCAUUCGCCUACGCCGCCGAUGUUUGGCACUCGGACUCGUGCAGGAGCUCUUUCGCACCGAAACGCAUGAAUGAUCACUGGUGGAGCAAAAGGCUCAAAUACGAGGGCGUUGUGUCGCCUAUUUCCAAAGACAUGGACAAGUGUACGAAUCCUAAUUACAAACCGUUUGAUCCGAGUGCAGCGUACGCUGAGGUGAUUGAGUUUCCGCACAUCAAAGACUUYUUGGGACCGAUAAUAGAAUUUCAAAUAUUCAAAGCGUUGUGUACGGUUUGUGGCGAGUACAAAUCUAAACACGCAAAAACCAAACACUUGUACGAAUGCAACCUACGAGGCUAUAAAAAAGUCGGAAGAAUUAUCAAAUCAGUCAUGGCUAGUGGCUCUUCGACGGAAUGGCAAUUUCUAUUUGAGACAAUAGUUGGACACCAAAGAGUAGAAAUAGAACCGUUAUUGGAAUAUUUUCAACCCCUUCACGAGCAUCUUUUAAAAAUCAAUSAAGAGACCAAUGAACACGUUGGAUGGAAGUAGUUCUCAUAAAAAAAAAAUAACCAAUAAAAUAUGUUCUAGGUAGGCAUCAUCAGAAAAAAACURCAUUUUUAAUAUAAUAAAGUAGGACUUCAAACCGGCCGAAACUGCAGUYGGGUAAUUUGUUGUUCGAUAUAUAGGAAUUUUUUUGUCGAACGAAACCACAAUUUAUUAGUUUAUAGAACGAAAACAAAA